AUGGCUGUGAUGAGCCUGGCGUCACGUGACCCUAAAGCGGUCGCAACCACUCGCAGACAUUUACAGAUUGAUCUCGAUAACCGCAAGUUGUUGCGGGUAUUCUUCUCACUAGAUUACACUAGCAUGCUAGUUGCUAUCGAGAUGAUUGCUGAUGGAACUAUCAAUUCCACCCACUUCUUUCAUAAACCUCCAUGCCAAGUGGGGAUCGACUCUGCAACCAGCGCACAGGUUCCAUAUUUCGUUUCUUUCCUAGAUUAUCUCAUAGAAUUCUACACGCGGUACUUUCCUCCCUCGAAGCAGCCAGAGGAAGAUCUCAUAGAUGAUAUCGAGAUCAUCUUCAUGGUGCUCUCUGCAUGUUGCAGUUAUCAAGCAGAUAUACAGAUCAGAGAACUAGCAAACGAUCCAGAUAUUAUUGCGAACAUUUGGCACGUUUUUGCGCAGCGGUUAAAGAAUCUUCCACUUGAUGUUACGCAGUAUCCUCUACCAAUACAGAUAUGGGUAGAUAAAACCUUCAUGAGGGGUCUGGAGGAACUCGAGAGACUACCGCCAUCGAUGAUAAGAGCUGCAAGCGCUUCAAAACUUGCAGGCUCAGCACACACGCUCGCCAAACCAAGAGAGCGGCGUAUAGCCUUUUAUCGCUUAUUUGAAAUCUUACUUUCCACACCCAAUAUUGGUCUAAUACGGAAAGCAGUGCUAUCGAUUAGACAUUUGGAACACCUCACGGACCUGCGUCCGAACUCCUUUGGCACUAUCGCAUGGCGUUUGAUAGAUAAGACUUACAAAACAGCUUCGUUCCAGAUAUAUCGCGCCGUGAUAAAAGCUAUUGGCGAGCUGAUAGGCUAUGAUGAGAUAGUUGUGGAACAAUGGUACAAUGAAUGCUGGUCUCGAGCCCACCCGGAACCUUGGGCACGCCGUCGUUACGGAUCAACUUAUCGAUCACGGACGUAG